CAAUGAAGUCGAACAACGAAAACAAUUAUGUACGAGUAUCAUACAAUAACUUUGUAACAACACGUAAUCGAUAAUUUGGUAAUGAAAUCACUAACAUACAACGAUUACCAACUCGAUCUACAUCAUAAUUCAUUUGUUCUAAACCUAUGUUGAAAAUUGAAGAAGAAACACCUCUUCCUAUUCCUGAAUUUGUUAAUCCAUAUGUUGCUGAUAUCUUUGAAUAUCUACGUAUCAAUCAAAAUAAAUUCAUGUGUUAAACUCCAUUUUAUAUGAACUUACAAUUAGACAUUACUAAUUAGAUGCGUUCAAUUCUAAUUGAUUGGUUAGUUGAUGUGCAUCUUAAAUUUAAAUUAUAAUCAGAAACACUCUAUAUGACUAUCAAUUUAAUUGAUAGAUACCUUGCAAAAAAUACUAUUAUGCGAAAUAAAUUGUAAUUAGUUGGAAUUGCUUCCCUCUUCAUAGCAUCAAAAUAUGAAGAAAUUUAUGCUCCUGAACUUAAAGAUUUUGUUUGUGUUUGUGACAAUGCAUAUACAAAAGAAGAAAUACUUGGUAUAUAUCAUUAUUUAUUAUUAUUACUUUAGAAAUGGAAAGCAAAAUAUUACUAACAAUCUAAUUUCAUUUGACAUCCACUUCACCACUCAAAUUUCUUGAAAGACAAAUAUCAGGAGCCAAUCUAUGUGAUAAAAUCAAUUUUGCUUCCAGAAUGAUUCUAGAAUUAUCUCUCCUAGAUAUUAGAUGUCUCAAGUAUUAAUUAAUUAUAUAUUAAGAUUUUCAUCAUCCCUAUUAGCUACCACUGCCAUUCUUUUAGCCAUUAAUCUACUUAGAUCACCAUAAGUAUUACCCUCUUCACUUCAUUAUGUCGAUAAUCAAGAAGAUCUUAGACAAUGUUUAUAAGAAUUCCUUCCAGUCAUCAAAUUAUUAUCAAGCAGUAAUAUGACUGCAAUCAAAAGAAAGUAUUCUCUUGAUAAAUUCAAUAAAAUUGCUGAACAUGUUAUGACAAUCUUAAAUAAUUAAAAAUGA